AUGUCUCCGGACUGUCAGGCCGAGCCGAUCGUAACGCCUUGGGAGCCCAUAGCACGGGAGCCCGUGGCCCGGGAGCCCGUGGCUCCUGGAGAACCCAGGACGCAAGAGGCCAGUGCGGCCAAAUCUUCGAACUUUGCAAAUGUUUCAUUCCGGGGCUGA